AGACCAAACCCCAUCAGCCAUCAGCAGCAGCGCCCGGAUCACGAUAGCGCGCCAACUUUUGCGUGACACCGACCGAACUCGCCGAGGUUUGUUUGGUUCAGCCAUGGUGCCGAGGGUGGAGCGCGGCGGCGGCGGGUUCCAUCUCCCCAACAGCGAGCGGGAGGACUCGCUGUUCAUCCGCGCGCUCAUCUCCGUCGUGUCCGGUGACACCACGGUGCCGACGCUGCUGCCGGAGCCGACGAUGGCGACCGUGGUUGCCGGUGCGGCUACGUGCGCCAGGUGCGGGGUGGACGGGUGCAUCGGCGUGGACUGCGAGGUGGUGGUGUUGGCGGCGGCGGCUGGCUCGAGCUGCAGCGACGAGGAGGAUGAGGGGGAGUGCACCACGGGCGCGGUGGCCAGCGGCGGCGUGACGGGCGGCGUGGGCAAGAGGAGGCCGCGGAGGCGGAGCGGCGGCGAGGGGAGCAGGUACAGGGGCGUGCGGCGUCGGCCGUGGGGGAAGUGGGCGGCGGAGAUCCGCGACCCGCGCCGCGCCGUCUGCAAGUGGCUCGGCACGUUCGACACCGCCGAGGACGCCGCGCGCGCCUACGACGUCGCCGCGCUCGAGUUCCGCGGCCAGCGCGCCAAGCUCAACUUCCCGGCGUCCACGGCCGCGCAGCAGCCACGUCCACUCCUCCAUCACAACCUCCGUGAGAACUGCGGCUCGAACGCGUCGUCGCCGGUGCACGCGCCAGAGCACGCGAGGACGGCGGCGGCGGCGAAGGACCAGGAGAUCUGGGACGGCCUACGGGAGAUCAUGAUGCUCGACGACGGCAGCUUCUGGUCCAUGCCAUGAUCGAUGAUCUGUCACCCAUUUCAUUGCUCGAUCGUUGCUUCAUUUCUUGUUCCAUUCUUAAUAGGAUUCUUAAACCUUUACUACUGUUCCCCGCAAAAAAAAAAAAAAAAAAAAAAAAAAAAAAAAAAAAAAACCUUUACUACUGUUUCCUUGGAGUGAUGUAACAGUAACAGUGAGAUAUUUCUCACUGAAUUUUCAAACAUUAGACAAAUAAUACUGCAACACGUCGUGCUAA